AUGACGGAAACGACGCUGGACACGACGCCCGAGUGGCUGGACCGCGACUUCGUGGCCACCUGCCUGAGCAAGGACGACGAAGCCGCGGGGCUGCGCGUGAAGUCGUUCGUGGCGACGCCGCUCAACACGGCGGCGCAGGUGGCGGGCAGCCGCGUGAUGCGCGUCGCUGCGGAGCUGGAAGCGCCGGACGGCAGCCCCUCGCGGCCGCGGCGGCUGGUGCUCAAGACGCCGGCCGUGGGCAUGAGCGCGCAGCUGCAGCAGACCUUCCGCAGGGAGGUGUUCGUCUACUCGCGCGCGCUGCCGGACGCGGAGGCGGCGCUGCGCGCGGCGGAGGGCGAGUCGUUCCGGCCGGUGGCGGCGCGCUGCCUGCUGUCGGGCGACGCGCUCGCGCUGGAGGACCUGUCGGCGGCCGGCUUCCGGCUGGCGGCGGGCGGCGCCUCGCUGGACCUGCCGCACUGCGCGCUCGUGGCCCGCGCCGUGGCGCGCCUGCACGCCGCCUCCGCGCCGCUCGUCGACCGCGAGCCCUACGUCGGCGAGCUCUUCCGCGACUCCGCCUUCUUCAACGAGGCGUCGCGCCCCGACAUGCAGCACUUCACCGAGAAGAACAUGCUCGCCGUAGCCGAGGCGCUCGACGCCGUGCCCGGUUUCGCCGGGUACGCGCAGAAGUACCGCCAGCUGGCCGUGAAGAUCUUCGACCGGCUGCUCGCUCUGCACCGGGACCAGGAGGGCCGCAUGCGAGUGCUGCUGCACGGCGACCUCUGGCGGAACAACCUCAUGUUCCGCUACUCCGACGGCCGGCCCGUCGACGUCAGAUUGGUCGACUUCCAGAUGGCGUACGUUGGCUCUCCAGCUCAAGAUCUGCAGUUCUUCCUGUACGGGAACGCGAGCGAGGAGGUACACCGCAACAGCAUGGAGUACCUGCUGUCGGAGUACCACUGUGUGCUGCAGUCGACGCUGAGCGCGAUGGGCGAGCACGAGCGGGCGGCGUCCUAUCCGCUGGAGCAGCUGCGCCGUGACAUGGACGACCACGCGCUGCUCGGCCUCUACUGCGCCUGCAACGCCAUGGGCUUCACGCUGGCGCCCAGCGGCUCCGCCAACGCCAUCGCCACCAACGCCACCAACAGCCCCGCCGUGCACCGCAGGGUCUUCACCAACCCCGCGCUUCUCUCCUACAUUAAACACGUCACGCCCAUCUUCGAGAGCAAGGGGCUCCUCUGA